AGCACCGAAGCAAGUCGCGUUGCCGCACGUUAGGCGUCAUUUUUUGUCAAAUUGGCUAUUGGCUUCCUGGCUCUAGGAAAGAGAUUGGAAAGACAAACCCACAAACCACAUCGCACCAGACAGUCAAGUUCGGAGAAUUGCCCGGCGCUUCGACUCGCGGUGGUCACCCGUACACCAAGUAACUGAGCUGAGGCCAGGAUGCAAAUCCAGAGCAACAUUCAGAGUGUGAACUCGAUCUUCGGGUGCAACUCGUCCGGCCACAGCGGCAUCAACCAGCUCGGUGGCGUCUACGUCAACGGGCGCCCGCUGCCAGACUCAACGCGCCAGAAGAUCGUCGAGCUGGCGCACUCCGGUGCCCGGCCGUGCGACAUCUCGCGCAUCCUGCAGGUAUCGAACGGGUGCGUGAGCAAGAUACUCGGCCGCUACUACGAGACAGGCUCGAUCAAGCCGCGCGCCAUCGGCGGCAGCAAGCCGCGCGUCGCGACGGCCGCGGUCGUCUCGAAGAUCGCCGAGUACAAGGCCGAGUGCCCGAGCAUCUUCGCCUGGGAGAUCCGGGACCGCCUGCUGUCCGAGGGCACCUGCAACAACGACAACAUCCCAAGCGUGUCCUCCAUUAACCGGGUCCUGCGGAACCUGGCGUCGAACAAGGAAACUUCGUCGCAGAGCAACGAAACGGUGUACGAGAAGAUUAAGCUCUUCAACAACACCAGCGGCCACUGGACCUGGUGCCAGAACAUUGGCAGCGGACAGUUCAACUUCUCCUCCCACCCGAUCCCCCACCUGUCCCUGAAGUCCCCCGCGGAGCAGCCUCCCAAACCGCCCAACUGCUGCCUGGAGGAGAUGAGCGACAAGUACUCGUCCGAGGACGACGAGGACUCCGAGUUGCGGCUGAAGUUGAAGCGCAAGCUACAACGGAACCGGACCUCGUUUACCAACGAGCAGAUAGAGAACCUGGAGCGAGAAUUCGAGCGCACCCACUAUCCGGACGUGUUCGCCCGCGAGCGCCUCUCGGAGCGUAUCCAGCUGCCGGAGGCGCGCAUCCAGGUAAUAGGUAGCCGCGGUAGCCGGGGCUUGCCCGGCCCGCGCGCGAGGUAGAGAGUGUCACUGCACAGGUAACUUGAAAUCAUUUUACCCGAAUUUAAUAUUGCCAACUUGGAUCUAUGUACGUGCCACAAACCCGACUACUCUUGACCUGACGACCUUUAUUGGGGACGACCUAUGUGGGGCUGGGCAAGCGUUCGGUAAGCGCUCAAGUGUAAGCGUCCGGUAAGCGCUAAGGUAUGCGUUAGGUAAGCGCAAAAACACUGCACCGUAACUACGGGACCCUUCCGGACAUCUGGACGUCGUCGGCGAGGGACCACUGACUGACUGGGUCCUGGAUCCAUUCAACUCGGUCGCUCCAUCAACUGCCGAACCAUCAACUGGCGAGCCAUCAACCGCGAGCCUGACCGACCGCCGACAACGACGAGCGCACGUACCGUCGGACGGACGGGACGUGUCCUUCAGCCUCUGCAGCGCCAUCUGAGUCACCUGAGCGUAUGUGUGGGGUGGAGAGCAAUAAACUCAUUGUACGCAAUUUUUUUCCCUAUCUAUUCUUUUUUAUCAUUUUCUCUCUCCUGCUCCAUCUCUCUGUCUAUCGAGAAUCCAUUCUAUCGUUCAUCUCCUAUUCGAAGUUCCCCCUCAGAACUACCUGUUCCCAUUCUCUGGCCAACACUGAACUGAACCC